AUCUAUUUUAAUUAUUUUGAAACACUUUAUUUUAAUAUUUGUGUCAGGAGACAAGGAGAGUUACUAAUAUACCAAUGCUACUUGUUUACAAAAUGAAAAGCAUGUAGGAUCACAUGUAGCACAAAUCAAGAUGGUUCCUGUUAAUGAAUUGUCUAUCCGCAAACGAAAUGACAGAAAAUUUGAAUAUGAAUGCAAUAACGACUGCAAAUUUGGAGAUGGCUCGGAACAAGUUAUGGCAGGAAAAGAGGAAGCAUCAGCCAACACUACGUCAAAAAUAGAUUCUGUAUGUCUGUUACAGUGUGUCGGAAUAUUUGGCGUUGCAUUUGGAAUUUAUUCUAAUACAUUAUAUGGGGACUUUAUACAUGAUGACAAUCCUGCUAUUUUACGGAAUCCUGAUGUCAAGGGAUCAAAUAGAUUACUGAGUGUUUUCAAAAACGAUUUCUGGGGGACACCGAUGUCAAGCAACGUAAGUCACAAAUCUUACAGGCCAAUUUGCAUUCUUAUGUUUCGAUUUGAACAUUAUCUGUUUGGAUACAACCAAUUUUUCUUUCAUGUUACAAAUGUAUGUCUGCAUUCAGUGGUGUCUGUUCUAUUCUGGAUUGUUUGCAAUCGUGUAGUAUUCAAGUCCAAAACGAACUGCAAAAUUUUAUCUUUCGUAAGCGCAAUUUUGUUUGCGCUUCAUCCAAUACACACGGAAGCUGUAGCAAAUAUAGUCGGAAGAGCUGAACUUUUGUCAUCGCUCUUCUAUCUACUAUCGAUUCUGUGCUAUAAUAUAUCACUGAAGCGAGAAAUUCAGCAUGGAUGUAAAAUUACCGACGAAAAAGGGGAUAAAAACGGCAAUGAGAAGAAUGAUGAAAUAAGAGUAUUACUAAAUGCCAUGAGCUGUAAAGUUUGGUUGAAGAUAUAUUUCUUUUCUUCACUACUGUUAGUCACAUUUGCGAUGCUAUCGAAAGAAAGUGGAAUAACAAGUUUGGGUAUAAUGCUCGUAAUGGAAUUUAUUCACAUGAGAGGAUCAUCAAUAAAAAGUUCAGGAAAAGUAGUAUUGCAUGUUUAUCGCGCAAUAGCAGUUACAUGUUGGAUAACAUUGCUCCUUAUUUUUCGAUUAGCAGUAAUGAAUUGGACGCAGCCAAUAUUUGCAAAACCUGAUAACCCUGCUUCCCAAAGUCGUAAUUUUAUGACUCGACUUCUUACUUAUUCAUAUCUGGUUUGGAUUAAUUUCAAGCUAUUGGUUGCACCCGUUUAUUUACUUUAUGACUGGUCUUACGGCACUGUCCCGAUAAUAACAUCUAUAUUCGAUAUUCGUAAUUUUGUCACGUUACUGUUUGGGAUAUCUAUAAUUAUUAUAACCUUUCGAAUAGCAUUUGCUACGUGGAAAACGGGCAUUAUCAAUCCAUCCUGUUACGGAUAUCUCUUGUUGUUUAUUCCCUACCUACCUGCAUCAAACCUUUUUUUUCCUGUCGGCUUCGUCAUUGCAGAAAGAACUCUGUACAUGCCUAGCAUGGGCUACAUUAUUCUACUUGUCGUUUUCUGGGAAUAUAUCUAUAACCGCUUCCAUAAUAUUCAUAAAGUUCUGAAAGCGAUAAUCAUUUCAAUAAUGCUUUUGUAUGGCAUAAGAACGUGGGUUCGGAACCAGGAUUGGCAAAAUAAAGAAACAUUGUUCAAUUCCGGCGUGCAUACAGCACCACAGAAUGCAAAAAUCAGAUACAACUGGGGAAAUUUUCUGCGAGACAAUGGACGGUACAGAGACGCCAUGUUAGAGUACGAAGAAACCUUGAAGUUGUACCCUAGCUACGCUGGAGCUCUAAACAACUUGGCAAUCAUAUUGGAAAUGAACCACUCUACCUGCGCAAGGGCGGAGGGGCUAUACGUAAGAUUAAUACGACUGGAACCAAACCGGAUUGAUUCCUACAAAAACCUAGCUGAUCUUCACAUGCGGAAAAAGCGAUACGAUUCUGCAGUUGAUGUGUAUUCACGUAUUUUUGAUGAAUUCGGAACUCAUGUAGCACACGUCAUCUCAUUUGCAGAGAUGUUGUACAAGAACAAUUUGACAAAUCAAGCCGAACGACUUCUAGCGAGGGUACUAUCACAAUAUUGCACUGUACAGAAGGACGGUGAAAUCAUAAACAUAAUAUUUAAGAGUCAAAAUUUUAAACGGGCCUCCUCGUGCAUAUCCAAUACAAAUGAGCUACAUACCGUAUAUACUUUAUAUACUAAGAUCGCAACUAAAAAGCUUACUCCGAAGGAGUUGAGUAUUUUAUUAGAGCGAUCUGUCACUCUUGAAUCAAUCCAAUACAUUUAAGAGAAAUAACGCCAAUGCACUGAAUUUCAAAAAUAUUAACACCAAAACAAAUACUGUAUAAAAUGAGUUCUGAAAAUUAUGUACUAUUGUUUUUAAUAUUUUGAUGCGUAAUAUACUGUGAAUUUUACUAUUUUGUAACUUGUUUGCUGUUUAUAUUACGUUUAUUGCAUAUAUACACAGCAACACUAUAUAUAUACGAGGUGAUAUCAGUGUUA